UAUGUUAGCUUACAUAUAUCUAAAUACUACAUAAAGUCUACAAAUAAAAUGUUUGGUGCAAAAACCCCAUUUGGUGGAGGAGGAUUUGGAACUACUACUAAUGCAUUUGGUUCACAGCAAACACCCUUUGGAUCAAGUACUGGAGGCUUGUUUGGAAAUAAAACACCUGCAGCUGGCACAUUUGGUACUCCUAGCUUUGGUUCUAAUACUCCUGCACAAGGUAGUCUGUUUGGUUCAGUUUCAACAGGAACUAAUUUGUUUGGUGCAAAAACUACACAACCUUCAACAGGUUUUGGAGGUUUUGGCACUACUAACACAAGUGGAGGUUUGUUUGGUUCUGGUGUUGGUGGAGGCACAAGUUUGUUUCAAGCACCUCAAACAAGUAAUGCAUUUGGAGCAACAAAUACUGGAUUUGGAGGUUUCGGAACAUCAGCUGCAACUACCAAUCCAUUUGGUGCAACAUCAUCAACAGGGUUAUUUGGUGCUAGUACUUCAGUAUUUGGAGCACAGCAGACCACUGGAACAACUGUAAAGUUUGUGCCAGUUGCAGGCACUGAACAAGUUGUGAAGAAUGGAAUAACAAUGAAUGUUAAAACACAAAACCAAUGUAUUACAGUAAUGGAGCAAUACAAAGAUAAAUCUGUUGAGGAGUUGCGACUAGAAGACUAUGAUGCUAAUAGAAAAGGUGGCUCAACUUCUACAGGAUUUGGUUCUUUGGGUAGUACAGGUUUAUUUGGAGCAACAAGCAAUGCAGCCGGAACUUCUUUAUUUGGUAACUCUACAGUUUCAAAACCUAGUGUUUUUGGAGGUUUUGGAGCAUCAAAUACAACUUCUGGUGGACUGUUUGGUCAAACUGGUACUAGCUUAUUUGGUGCUAAAACGACGCCAUCUUUAUUUGGAACAACAACAACUACAACAGCAAGCGGCUUUGGUGGAUUCGGAACAAGUUCUACAGGUUUGUUUGGUAACACACAAACAAGUAGCCUUUUUAGUGGAGGUGGAUUUGGCACAACUACUACAACAUCAGCUAGCGGUGGAUUGUUUGGUUCAAGUUUUUCAUUUGGUCAACCAGCUUCUACGGCUACUACUGGUUUAUUUGGAUCAACUGCUGCAAAGCCAACCUUUGGAUUUGGAUCUACACCUAGUACUGGUUUUGGUACAAGUAAUACAUUUUCAACUGGAGGUAGUUUAUUUGGUUCUACUGCAAAGCCUACUUUUGGUGGUUUUGGUACAACCACAAGUGGCUUUGGUGCAGCCACAAGUGGUUUUGGUUCAACCACAACAUCAACAAAUAGUUUGUUUGGUAAUAAUGCUACUGGGAGCUUAUUUGGUAAUAAACCUACAUUUGGAGGUUUUGGGACUGCAGCCACAACAUCAGGAACAUCUCUUUUUGGAACUAACACGUUUGGUUUAGGGAAUACAGGAUUCAACUCUCUUGGAGGGACAACUACUGGACUAGCAGGUGUUAAUCCUACAAUUGGAGGUUUAUCUAACAUAGAUCAAAGUACAUUAGCAGCACUUCGUCAACAACAAAUUAUACAGCAGCAAAUAAAAGCAAUUGCCAAUACACCAUUUGGUGACUCGCCACUUUUCAGAAACUUAACUGAUUCAAGCAAAGAAAAAAAGCCUCCUCAGCAAAUAACAGUUAAAGAAUCUUCGUCACAAUACAAGGUUUUUUCCCGACCAACUGCACGUGUAAAACCUAGACCCAUUUCAUCUCCUUCGAUGGGAAAGUAUCGCUUGUUUGAAGGGUUGGAAGAAGAAAAUGAUCUUAGUCCAUCACUUAUGCCUAAAAGAAAUGUAAAGAAGCUUGUAAUAAAGAAAAAAUCACUUUCUGAUAAUGUGGCAGAUGAUGUUACAUUAAAAUUUCGAACUGUAGAUGAUGACCUUAUUGCUCCUCCUCCUGAUAUUAAACCAAAAUCAGUUUUGAGCCCUCAGAGCAUAGUUGAUUCACCUCAGAACGGACAAGUAUUUGAUAGUACUAUAACUGAAUUAAAUCACAAUGCCCAGACUCCAUUACCAACAAAACGUAAAGGAUACCUAUUGACUCCUCUUUCGCAAAGCUACCAAGAAGAGUCUCCUGUUGUAACCUAUACUCAGACAGAGAAUGGAGAACUUCCAUUGAGUCAUAUUAAGUUGACAAGGCCUGAGUACUAUACUAAGCCUCCUUUAAAAGAUUUGGAUGAAAUGGUAAAAAAUGAGCAAUGUUUAGUUCGAGACUUUAUUGUUGGAAGAGAUGGUUAUGGAGAAGUUAAAUUUCUUGGUGUUACUAAUGUUUAUGGCUUGAACCUUGAUGAAAUAGUUUUUUUUCGACGGCGUGAAGUUGAAGUCUACCCGGAUAAUUAUGUAAAUAAGCCUGAGGUUGGGAAUGAAUUAAAUAAACCAGCUGAAAUUACAUUGCUCAAAGUUUGGCCAAACGAUAAAUCAACCCAAACACCAAUAAAGACUCCAGAAAGAUUAAAAGCAAGUGGUUUUAUUGAUCGUAUUGAAGAAAAAACACUUGCCAUGGAUGCUGUGUUUCUUGAUUACAAGCCAAAGGAAGGUGCAUGGGUGUUUAGAGUUAACCACUUUACACGGUAUGGCUUGCACGAGCAAUUUAUUGGUGAAGAUGCAGAAAUAGAGCACUCAAAAAAAUCCUUACUUAAUUUGAAGAAAGAAAAAGAACUUUCUUAUAUUAUUGAUGAAAGUAUUCAUUUUGAAAAGUUUGGCACGCAGGAAGAGAUAAUAUCACUUGUAAAGGAGGAAGCAAAAGAUCGUUUUCCUAUUAAAAGCUUUAAUCCUGGACUAGAAUUAACAAUAAGCAAAGAAACUUCUGACACUGAAAUGGAUGAUAAAGAAGAUAACAAUCCAGUGCAAUCUAGUAUGAGUUCUCAAAAUGAGUUGAACUAUGAAACACAAAUGGAACAAGAUUAUCUUCCAUUUUCUCAUCAACUUGGUCGUGUUUCUCAAGUUAAGCCAUUCACUUUGCAAGGAAUGAAAACAUCUAUCCUUUGUGACGAUGAGGAUAUGGUUGAUGUUAAGCAAAAACCUGCAAGAAAAGAAAGUCAUCUCUUUUCAAAUACAUCUAUAUUUAAUGAGUCGAGACGUUCAUCUUCUGUUUUUCAGAAACUUGAUAUUUCGAAAACAAAGAAUCCACCUGACUCAUUAAAUAAUUCUGUGUUUCUUAACUUAACUUUAGACAAUACAGUUCAGAGUGAACCUAAAGCUAAAAAAGUCAAUUUAUUUAAAAACAGUUUAAAGCAGCAAAUUUAUGCUUCAUCUGAUAAAGAGAUAGUUCAAGUUGAUAAUACGGAAAAUCCAAAUAUUUUUAUUAAAUGUCGUUCAUAUGGCUUAGUACCGUACGAAAAGUCCUUGUUAUACAGAAAAACACGGCUUUUGGCUGAUGCUAGUUUAACACAUGGAAGAGAAUUUCAUGUGCGAUGGAAUAAUGGGUUAAGUUUUGUUCACAUGGGAGACUGUGUUGGAAUACCUAAAGCAGAAACUUUAAAACAAGGGUUAUAUUCAGGAAACUUCACUCAGUCUUGUACUCAGUCUCCAUUUGGUCUUUCCAAUAUGUUUGUUAAUGUUGAACGUUUAAAUUCUGAUGUUCAUCAGGGAAGUACACAAUUUAUUGCAGAUUGUAUGAAUAUAGCAUUAAAAAACACUGAAUUUACCUUUGACUCAAGUAGCUCUCUAAAAAAGCCAAAAUUAUCUUCUCUUUAUAAUGCUAUUAAAAGUUAUACUGAAAAGUCUUUACAGUUUAAACAAGCUACUUCAAAAUUUGAAAAAAGGUUUUUUACUGUUCACUCUGAGGUAUGGCAAUUGGUUGAUGCUCUUUGGGGUAAACUAGAUCCAGUUGAAGAAAAUUCUAAAUAUGAAAAUCAAUCUUUACGACGUACUGCACUUUCAAAAUGGCUUGAAAUUGUUUUAGAAGAAGAGGUUAAUGAAGAAGUAUUGACUAAUAAAGUUAAGGAUGAUGGACAUCUCUCUGUAAUUUUCAGUUUUCUUUCUGGAAAUAAAUUGUGUUCUGCAUGUCAAGUUGCAAAAGAUAAUAAAGAAUUUCGACUCGCAUCAUUACUUUCACAAUCAGCUGGUGACCAUCAUUUAAAACAUUACCUACGAAGUCAGUUGACUCAGUGGGAAGAGUCUAAUAUCGAUUUGUUCAUGAAUGUAAAUCGUUUAAAGUUGUAUGUGUUGAUGUCUGGUAUGAUGGUUUGGAAAUCGAAAAAAAACAUGAUCAAUUUAUGUGAUAAACUAAAUUGGAAGAGAAGUCUUGCUUUGCAUUUAUGGUACCAUUGUUCAGCCACAGCCACAAUCAAUGAUGCUUUUAAAGAAUACCAAUAUUCAUUUAAGGGGACUGAAACAUAUGGAUCUUAUUCAUCUUACCCUUAUCCUACGUACCAAAAAAGUGAUGAAGAAGGUACCUCAAAGGAUAUUUGCUAUCAUAUUCUAAAUCUUUAUUGUAAACGAGAACAUUUACUUGAAAAACUUUUAACACCCAAUACCCACGUCAAUAAUAUGGUCGACUAUCAUCUCAGUUGGCACCUUCAAAGAGUUUUAGAAAAUCUUGGUUACACUCACUUAAAUGAUGAUCGCCAUGCUCUAUUGCAAUAUAGUUAUGCUGCACAACUUGAAAGUAUUGGUUUAUGGCAAUGGGCAGUUUUUGUUCUCAUGCAUUUAAGAGACAAUGAAACACGAGAGAGCUCUGUAAAACGCAUUCUUUCAAGAUACUGUUUAAUAAAUGAGAAGGAGGGUGAUAUGCAGUUCACAGAACAAGAGCAGAUGAUCAUUAAAGAUUUUCAAAUACCUGAACAUUGGAUGCAUGAAGCUAAGGCACUACAUGCAAAAUACAUUGGCAGAAGAUAUGAAGAAACUAUUCAUUUAAUCAGAGCAGGGCAUUGGGGAUUAGCUCAUGUUGCUGCCAUAGAUAAUUUGGCAGCGGAUGCAAUUAUUGAAGAGGAUUAUGAAAACUUGAAGAACAUUUUGAAAGAUUUGUGUUUACCUGAACGCUGUUGUACGAUAAAAAACUGGAAACUUGGUGGACAAGUCUUUCUUGACUAUAUUUUGUUGAAAGAAAAGUUAAACCAGAUACAUAUGAAAGAUACAAAUUUCACAAUGUACCAUUUGGAAGACAUGGAGAAUGAAAUAGUGUCUUUGAUAAAUCGGAUUAAUAUGAUGAAAGUUGAAAAUUCAAGAGAAAGGCUAUGUCAAUCAGAAAUGGCCCGUACGUGCUCUAAUAUGCUAAAGAUAGUUUUCAAUUUAAUGAAUUCGAGUGAAAAUGAUAUCGAUGACGAAAAUCCAAAGUGGUCUUCUUUAAAAGUUGCGUCUUAUGUUGUUGAUUUACCCUUACCGUCAGAUUAUUAUUUAAAAGAACUACGCGAGUUACUUGCUAACUACACUCAAGAGAUUGAUAGUUCUCAUUUUAACAACCACGAAGAAAUUUAACCCUUUGGUAACAUUGAAUAAAUUGAAUACCUUAAGAACAUCGAAGAAAUUUAACUCUUGCUUUUUUGUAAUAACAUUGUUUAAAACGUUUUGUAUUUUAAAAAAGAUAUUUUUAUUGUACCA